GUUUGUCUUGCAAUUCAUAGACAAGAAGAAGGGAGGCAAAUUCCAGCCUUUUAAGAAGUUCUUUGGCAAAAAGAAAAAGAAAGGCCCUCCGUCGUCUCAAGAGGAAUCGGCUGCCAGCCAGAGUCUCUCUCCUCAGAGUGCCAGCAAUGGGACCUUCUCUUCGGACGAGGAGACCCUGGAGAAGAGUCUGAGGUUCUUCAACUAUUCUAUGGGAGCACGGGCGUUCUCCCAUGACAGUAUUUUUAUCCCUGAUGGGGGAGCAGAAAGUGAGCAGACAGUUCAAGCAAUGUCACAGGACAACAUCCUGGGCAAAGUCAAAACUCUUCAGCGACAGUUGGGCAAGAAUAUCAAGUUUGGGCAGCGGCCACCUAAUGCUUUCCCCAUGAAGAAGGCAGGCAGCACAGAUGCCAGCUCAGAAGAGGACUUCUGCCUCACCAGUCCCAUGGAAAUUGUGACUCAGCAGGACAUUGUCCUCUCAGACACAGAGAACAAAUCCAGUGAUACGCCAAGUUCUUCAAGUCCUCUGAAUCUACCUGAAGCCGGAAGUGAGAUGGAAGAGAAGGCUGCUCCAGCUAAACCGUCUCGGCCAAAAAGGCACUUCUCGCCUGCUGGCACCAUCGAAAGUGUCAACCUGGAUGCCAUCCCCCUGGCCAUUGCCCGUCUGGACAACAGUGCUGCCAAGCACAAACUCUCUGUUAAGCCAAAAAACCAGAGAAUCUCAAGGAAGCACAGGUGGCUUGCCCAGGACCGACAGAAUGAACCAGGCAGCUUUGAGAGUCAGUCCUCCCUGGACCAGAACGGGCAGCCAGGAGAAGACAAGCACAUUUGGCACGAUGAGGAACCAGAACCUUCGGAUUCCCAUGAAGAGAAAAGACUCCAGGAGGACUAUUGGCGGGAACUUGAAGACAAGUGCAAGCGGCAAAAAGCCGAAGCAGCUGAGAAGAGGCGCCAGGAAGAGCAGAGGCGGCAGGCGCUAGAGAGGAGGCUUUGGGAGGAGAGCCUCAGGCAGGAGCUGCUGCUGGAGGAGGAGGAAGAGGAGGAGGAGGAAAGCGAGGAGGCAGACCUGCAGCUUGAGGCAGGGAAGGCACCUCCAGGACAAGAGCAACAGUCGGGUCUGGAGAAGCAGCGCUGUGCAGAGCUAGGGGAAGCCGGCGACCCCGCACUCCCGGAGACAGAAGAGUGCAGGCGGCGGCAGGAAGAGGCCAAGAGGCAGGAGGAGAAACUGAGGCAGAGUGAUGCCCAGAGGCAGGAAGAGGAACUGAGGCAGCACGAGGCCGAGAGGCAGGCGGAGAAAUUGAGGCAGCAGGAGGCCCAGAGGCAGGAGGAGGAACUGAGGCAGCGAGAAGUCGAGAGGCAGGAGGAGGAACUGAGGCAGCGGGAGGCCCAGAGGCAGGAGGAGAAACUGAGGCAGCGCGAGGUCGAGAGACGGGAGGAGGAGUUGAGGCAACGUGAGACUGAGAGGCAAGAGGAACUUAGGCAGCGUGAGGCUGAAAGGCAAGAGGAGUUACUAAGGCAGCAAGAGGUCGAGAGGCAGGAGGAGAAACUGAGGCAGGGCGCGGCCAAGCUGCAGUGCACUCAGGAGGUGGCGACUAAGAGCAUGCUACAGGAGGAAGAGGAAGAGGCCAAGCGCAUAGAAGAGCUGAAAGGGCGGGAAAAGGAGGCGCUAGAGCCGCGAAUGGAGGAAGGCCCGCAGAGUCCAAAAGGAAAGAGCCAGCCUCGGCUAACAGACGAUACUGACCAGCAAAGCCCACUGCAGCGGGACCUUGAUAAAGCAGAGGAACAAGGAAACCUGGAGUCCGUGGGGCAGAGAGCGAUCGCCGAGGAGCAUAAGAGAGAGGCCCAGCUGGUCGGCGAGCCGGCAGGGCAGAGGGAAGACUUGGACGAGGAAUGCAGUGGUGUAGACUUGGAAGGGAGAGAAGCUCCUCAGAUAAACAUUCCUCAGCCGCAAGGACAGAAGGGCGAAGCACCAGCGCCAGAGGAAAAGAACGAAGUUGCCGCUGCAGACAACGACCAAAAGGUGGAGGAACUCCGGUGGCAGGAGGUGGAGGAGCGGCAGACCAUGCCCCGGCCCUACACGUUCCAGGUGUCCUCCGGGAGUAGGCAGAUUCUCUUCCCCAAAGUCAACCUGAGCCCGGUGACACCCGCCAAGGACGGGAGCCUGGCCCCAGCGGCCCAGGAACUGCCGGUGCCCCGCGGUGCCACCCCGCACGACCUGCCCUCGGCGCUGAGCAUCCCACACACAGCCAUUCUGGUCACCGGAGCGCAGCUCUGCGGCCCCGCGGUCAACCUGAGCCAGAUCAAGGACACGGUGUGCAAGUCCCUCCUGGGCCUGUCAGAAGAAAAGCGGCUGGUAGACAUCCCCGCGGUGGAGCCCAGGGCUGGUGGUGGAAAGUCCAGGCCUCCCCCGGAGUCGCCCAGCAACGCGACCGCGCUAGCCGAGUGGGCUUCCAUUAGAUCCAGAAUCCUGAAGAACGCAGAGGGUGACCAGCGUGGCGACAGAGAGCCGGCCAGAGCCGGGGACGAGCCUGCUCCCCGAGCACGGUGCGAUUCCCGAGGGAAUGUGCGGAGGACGCCGCCAGUCAAUGCCAAGUUCUCCAUCAUGCCCGCCUGGCAGAAAUUCUCGGACAGCGGCUCAGAGACCUCCAAACAGAGCCUGGAUGGUGAAAGCGUAAGGAAAACGCCAGGGCCAGCACCCAGUGAAGAGACGACACCCCAGCCUCUGCCUGCAGCGGCUCUGGAGCCCCAGAAGAGCCUGGAGAAGCAAAAGGUUAGCCAGGAACCACCAGACACCACUGAUGGAUGCAAAUUUGCCAAAGACCUUCCAUCUUUCCUCGUCCCAGGCCUGCCUUCUCCCCAGAAAGCUGCGUCCCGCACAGAGUCCACGACAACUUCGGACAGCGAAACCGCGAGUGAUGUAGGAAAGCCAGACCCUGUCAUACCAGGAGGUGAGGAAAAGGCCUCGCCCUUUGGAAUAAAACUGAGACGAACCAACUACUCUUUGCGCUUCCACUGUGACCAACAGGCCGAACAAAAGAAGAAGAAGAGGCACAGCAGCACGGGAGACAAUGUGGAUGGGGGCACCCCUGCAGCCGCAGCCGGGAGCACCCCUGGAGAGAGAGAGCCUGAAGCCAUGGCCCUCAAGCAUGGCCCAUCCCUUCCCCAGGAGAGAAAGCCAGCCCUAGUCCCUCGGAGGGACUCUGCAGAAAGCCAUUCUAGCGGUCACUCUGUUGCUGUAGCCCAGUCGGGGCUACCACCAGCCGGUAGCCAGCCCCCAGCCCCAGAGCGCGACAAGGCAGCAAGCAAAAUGCCACCGAUGCAGAAGCCGGCCCUGGCUCCCAAGCCUGCCAGCCAGACUCCACCUUCAUCCCCACUCUCCAAACUGAGCAGACCCCACUUAGCAGAGUUGCUCGCUAGGCGAGCCGGGAAACUUGACCCCGAUCCCAGUGAGGCUUACAAGGAGAGCCAGGAGAGCAGUGAUAACCAGCCACCCUCACCAUCACUGCCAGAGGAGCCCAAGAGGCAGCAGAGGGAUGAGGAAGAAGUGCCAGAAAAGAAGCCAGCUUCCCCGCCUCUGCCGGGCAGCCAGCAAGAGAGACCUUUCCUAACUCCUGAAACAGGUAGAAAAGAGAAGCCCGUGCUUCAGAGCAGGCACUCUUUAGAUGGCUCCAAAUUGACAGAGAAAGUUGAGACUGCUCAGCCACUGUGGAUAACAUUGGCGCUGCAGAAGCAAAAGGGAUUUCGCGAGCAGCAGGCAACUCGAGAGGAGAGGAAGCAAGCCCGGGAGACCAAGCAAGCAGAAAAGCUCUCCAAGGAGACUGUCAGCGUCAGCCCACAGCCUGGAAGCAGUCGAUUAAGCAGAGCUGGUUCCCUGCACAAGUCUGCUGCUCCAUCAGAAGAUAAGAAGCCCGAAACCGCAGUGUCCAGGCUCCACAGCAGAGAGCAGCUGAAGAAGGCCAACACCCUUCCCACAUCCGUGACAGUGGAGAUCUCAGAUUCUGCGCCCCCAGCCCCACUGGUCAAAGAGGUCACCAAGAGGUUCUCCACCCCAGAUGCUGCCCCUGUGUCCACAGAACCUGCCUGGUUGGCUUUGGCCAAAAGAAAAGCAAAGGCCUGGAGCGAUUGCCCACAAAUUAUUAAGUAAACAGUGACUUUUACCCAUUUCUCUGGCCAGUUGUUGGCUCUUUUCUUGCCCUUUUUAUUUAUUUAUUUUUUAUAUGAGGUAAAGAAACCAAGCUAGGGAAAAGAAGCAUGUUUUAUAGGCUCUAAAAUAAUGUUUAGAAACUGAACUGGUGGUGUUCAUUGUAAAGAGUGUAUUUGCACAACCCUGGGUCCUGGUGCCUUGAGCUCCCCCUUGUUCUCAAGAGACAGUUUUGUCUGAGGGACCACAUGAAGCGAAAUCUGCAAACGAGAGCUCCUCAGGAGAGCCUGCCAUGCCCGCCAUCCCAUGGCCCUCACAUGUGCACGCCCAUGCACCAUUUCAGAACAUGUCCUUUUGCCAAUCUCUGUAAUUU